UCUUGCUAUUGACUUGCAAUGAGUUGAAACUGUUUACUAUUAGAAACAUUUGUUAUGAUAAUAUAUAGACUAUUGAAUUGUACAAUAAUAUCAUUAUUUUCUUUAUCGAAAAGAUCUUGUUUACUUUUGAAAAAUAACAAAAUUCUUUUUCUCAAUAUAAAACACGACUUUCAAAGUAAACUUUGUAAAUACUACACAACUAUGGAUUUAUCUAAUAUAAUAAAAUCUUUUGAAACGUUAGUGCCUAAGCACUUAGCCGAGAAGUGGGAUAAUACAGGUUUAUUGGUCGAACCUCUGCAAAAUGCCAUCGUAUCCACAAUUUUUUUUACAAAUGACUUGACUGAAAAUGUUUUAAAAGAAGCUUUAGCUGUAGGAGCUAAUCUGAUAAUAUCAUACCAUCCACCUCUUUUCACUGCUUUUAAAACCCUUGGUUGUGAAAACUGGAAGGAUCGUAUAAUAAUGACAUGUAUCGCAAAUAAUAUAGCCAUAUAUUCACCUCAUACUGCAUGUGAUGCUGUUGAAGGAGGAGUUAAUGACUGGCUGUUGAAAUGUUUUGAUUUAAUAAAUGUCUCACCUAUUAAACAAUCUGCUGAUGUGAACAGUCAUAUUAUUGAAUGCAUUACCUUAGGUGAUAUUUCUUUUGAUUCCCUAUUAGACAGAGGUGCAGAAUUUGAAGUUUUAUUGACAAGCUGCUAUGGAGAUAAGAAAUGUUUCAAAAUUCUAACCAACUCAAAAUAUUCUGCUAUGGUCUCUCAAAUACUUUUAGCAAACUCUGCAGUUCUCACAGUUAAUAGCAAUCAAUGCACACAACUAAAACAUUCCGAGUUGACAGGUAUGGGAAGAAUAGGAAAAAUGAAGAAACCUUUGAAAUUAAGUGAUUGCAUCCAGUUAGUAAAAAGCCAUUUAAAAUUGAAAAACAUUCGUUUUGCAUUAGGAGUUGAUUGUACACUUGAUACAACAAUAACCACUGUAGCUGUCUGUGCUGGUUCAGGAGGUAGUUUAUUAAAAGGUCUUCCUGCAGAUUUGUACAUCACUGGAGAAAUGUCGCAUCAUGAGCUGCUAGAUGCUAUUCACAGAAAAACAAGUGUGAUUUUAUGUGAGCAUAGUAAUUCAGAAAGAGGAUAUUUAGUAGAAUUGGUUGACCAACUGCGUCCCAUGCUAAAAGGAAUUAAUCUCAUUGUAUCUGAAGUUGAUAAAGAUCCAAUUGCCAUUAUUUGAUAAUAAAAUAUCUUCAGAUGUUUGAA